GAGGCUCAGCUGAGGGGUGCGGUUCUGGCUGUGGGAAUAUUUACCAGGAAGAUCCAGGUUCCAGGCCUGCCUACCCCCACAAUCCCUUAACAAAGAUGCUGCUGAGCUUUCGGAGGGGCCGCAAGAGGCAGUUCAAACACAUCAUCCAUGGCCUCCUCCCUGCAGCCAGCAUUGCUCCAAAGCCAGCUGUGCCCCGCACGCCUCCUCCCCGCAGCCCAGACCCCUCUCCAGAGCGACCCCGAUCUGCUCUGGCUGCAGCCAUUCUGGCAACCACAUUGACUGGACGGACCGUUGCCAUUCCCCAGCCUCGUCCAAGAUCCUGGUCUGAGAGUGACACCUUCUCUGUCGGAAAGGACAGCACCACUGAGCUCCAGGCAGCCACCGCUGAGCCCAGGCCUCGGCUGAAUUGGGAGAACAAUUUGGGCAAAGCAAUUUCUUUGCCCUCCUUUGAGACAUUGGACUACAGGGAAGAAGAGGAAGGCGGUAUGCUGGUGUCUGCCAGCAACAAGGAGUCAGGGGACGGCAGUGCUGUGCACUCUGCAUCCCACAGAAGCCAGGUGCUGCUAUCGAGUGAAGAGGACGGUGAGCAGGAUGAUGAUGGCUUGGAGCUGGAUGGGCUCUCCAGCCCCUCUCCUCUCACCAGCCAGCAAGAUGGUACAUACUGUGGUCUGAAUUUAAAGGAUGACAGAACGCCAUUGUGUGACAAGCCACCCCCCUCCCCAGCUAGCCGAGUACAACAGAGAUGUGUAGAAAUAACCAAAGAAAAGCUUGAGGAGUUGAAAGAAGAAAAUUUGCACCUGAACAUGAAAAAUCACAAUCUCAGAGCUCAUCUAAAGGCUACGAAGAAACUAGUGAAAGAUUUACAAUCAAAACUUCAGAAGCUGGAACAUGGUGACCAAGGGCCAGAAGAGGCUGCGCAGGCUUCCGGUCAGGGCGGGGAAACCUCCCUUGCCUUGAGAGUACCUGCUACAUUUGAGUUGCUUUCUCUAAGAAAGCACAUUGAAGAGCUGGAACAUGAAAAUGACCAGUUGAAAAUAAUCGCCCAUCGUUUGAACGUGGAACUGAGUCGCUACCAAACAAAAUUCAGGCAUUUGUCUGAGGAAGAGAGUUCACACGUUGGUGCCCUCCCAGCAAAUGGCCCCACGCCCCCCUGGCUGGUGGAUAUCAAGUACCUCUCGCCGCUGCUGCUGGCUUAUGAAGACAGAAUGAACGAGAAGGACCAGCUGAGCGCCACCCUCGAGGAGGAGAUGCGGGCAUUCAGGAUGCGGGUGCAGCAGGUGGUGGAGGAGAAUGAAGGCCUGCACCGGGUGAUAAAGAGCACGGUCGUCAGUGCGGUGGAACGGCAGCAGCUGCAGACACAAGCCGAGCUGGUUUUGGAGGAAAACAAGUUGCUGAUAGAGCAACUGAUGAUCCAGGAGAACAAAGCCCAGGACAUCCACCAGGAGCAGCAGCAGGAAGUGUCUAAGCUGACUAAACAACUCAUGCUGCUGGAGAUGAAGUCUCAAAGCCAGGAGAAGGAGCUGACAGAACGCAAGGAGCAGCUGGAGGCAUUGCAGGCUACCUGCCAAGAGCUCAAAACAGACCUGGACAGCAAGAUUGCCAUGGACCUGCAUACCUCCAUCGUAAACGAAUUACAGAGCCAGCUGCAGAAGGAGGAAGAGAAGGAGCGGGCGGAGCUGGAGGAGCUGAUGGAAAAGCUGACGGUCCUGCAGGUGCAGAACAAGAGUCUGUUGUUAGAAAAGAAGAGCUGGGCCUCUAGGAACAAAGCACUUCAGGCCAACCUGGAGCAGGCGCAGAAGAAAAACAGAAAAUACCAGAAGAAAAUUGACUCUCUCAAAAAGCAUGCAGAAAAAGCCUUGAAGAACGAACUCUGUGCUCAUAACUACCUGGCCAACCUCAUUACUUUGACAGAGAAUCUAGCCCAGGAACGAGAUGGCCUCAAACAUUUGGCUAAAUGUCUAGAAAGCGAGAAACAUGGAACUUUGAACACAAUUGUGAAGAGCAAUAUCCGCUUGGGGAAGUUGGAGGAGAAAGUCAAAGGCUACAAGAAGCAGGCAGCCCUGCGGCUGGAGGACAUCAGCCACCUGCUGACCCAGCAGGAGGAGGACUUCGCAGGCAAGGCAGCCCGGUACCAGCAGGAGCUGGGAUAUCUGCAGCAGAUGUUACAGGACAAGCAAGAGGUGCUGGACCAGGCGCUGCAGCAGAAGAGGGACAUGGAAGGUGAACUUGAAAUCGUGUGGGAAUCCACGUUCAAAGAAAACCGCAGGAUGCGUGAACUCCUCCAGGAAAGGGCAGGUGUGCGGGCCUCCCCCGGAGCUGGCCGGGGCCCCUGCCUGGACCCAGGCCUGCUGGACUGCUCCAGUUUCAGCUACUGUGAUGUGCAGCUUCCCGUCCCUGCCACCCACCACAGCAUGUGGGAGCCCGUGGGCUAGGCCAAGACCAGAGCACAAUCAGAAGCCACCGAGA